AUGGAUAUUACAGUAAGAGAACAUGAUUUUAAACAUGGCUUUAUCAAAAGCAAUUCAACAUUUGAUGGAUUAAAUAUUGACAACUCAAAGAAGAAAAAAAAAAUACAGAAGGGAUUUCAAAUACUAUAUGUACUUCUCUUUUGUAGUGUAAUGUGUGGUUUAUUUUAUUAUGUGUAUGAAAAUGUAUGGCUUCAAAGAGAUAAUGAAAUGAAUGACAUUUUAAAAAAUUCAGAGCAUUUAACUAUUGGAUUUAAAGUUGAAAAUGCACAUGAUAGAAUUUUGAAAACUAUAAAAACACAUAAAUUAAAAAAUUACAUUAAAGAAUCUAUCAAUUUUCUUAAUUCAGGACUUACUAAAACAAAUUAUUUAGGUAGUUCAAAUGAUAAUAUCGAAUUAGUAGAUUUCCAAAAUAUAAUGUUUUAUGGUGAUGCAGAAGUUGGAGAUAACCAACAACCAUUUACAUUUAUCCUUGAUACAGGUUCUGCUAAUUUAUGGGUCCCAAGUGUUAAAUGUACAACUGCAGGAUGUUUAACUAAACAUCUAUAUGAUUCAUCUAAAUCAAGAACUUAUGAAAAAGAUGGAACCAAAGUAGAAAUGAAUUAUGUCUCUGGAACUGUUAGUGGAUUUUUCAGUAAAGAUUUAGUAACCGUUGGUAAUUUAUCUCUUCCAUAUAAAUUUAUUGAAGUAAUAGAUACUAAUGGAUUCGAACCAACGUAUACUGCUUCAACAUUUGAUGGUAUCCUUGGUUUAGGAUGGAAAGAUUUAUCAAUCGGUUCAGUAGAUCCAAUUGUUGUUGAAUUAAAAAACCAAAACAAAAUUGAAAAUGCACUUUUCACCUUUUACUUACCUGUACAUGAUAAACAUACGGGAUUCUUAACCAUUGGUGGUAUUGAAGAAAGAUUUUAUGAGGGACCAUUAACUUAUGAAAAAUUAAACCACGAUUUAUAUUGGCAAAUAACUUUAGAUGCACAAGUUGGAAAUAUAAUGUUAGAAAAAGCAAACUGUAUUGUAGAUAGUGGUACAAGUGCCAUUACUGUACCAACUGACUUUUUAACUAAAAUGUUGAAGAAUUUAGAUGUCAUCAAAGUCCCAUUCUUACCUUUCUAUGUAACUCUUUGUAACAACAGUAAAUUACCAACUUUUGAAUUUACUUCAGAAAAUGGUAAAUACACAUUAGAACCUGAAUACUACCUUCAACACAUAGAAGAUGUUGGUCCAGGAUUAUGUAUGCUUAAUAUCAUAGGAUUAGAUUUUCCAGUACCAACCUUUAUUUUAGGUGACCCAUUCAUGAGAAAAUAUUUUACCGUCUUUGAUUAUGAUAAUCACAGUGUUGGUAUUGCUCUUGCUAAAAAGAAUUUAUAA